UGGCUCGAGAGCCCGCUGGGCGGCGCCCCUCCCAAAGCGGAGGGCGCUCAGCCCAGAGGGGGGGAGGGCUUUUCGGCGCGAGGCAGGGCGGGCGCCCUCGGCGAGGCCUUCGGCGGCCCUCGUCUGCCUUUGGUGGUGCCCGCGGCAUGCCCGUUGGAAUGUGGAGACCAGAAGGGGAGAGCAUCCGCUGCGUCGGGCUGGCCGACGAGGGCUCGAAGCAGGCCGACGCGCUGCCGCAGGUUCUGGACAGCUUGGAGACAGUGGAAAACCACGACGAGACCGUCCUCGGCCUCUGGAUCACGCUGGCGCUGUCCGUCCUGAUCUUCGUGCUCUCCCCGUGGACCCUGCCGAAGCUCGUCGGGGCCUCCCGCGGGUCGCGGCUGGGCUUCGCGACGUUCGCGCCGGGCUACUUCUGGCCGGCAUUCCUGGGAGAGCCGCCCCCCGUGAGGGUGUCGGAGUUCGUCCAGGCCUUCGGGGCUGGCGACGCCUGGGAGCACCUCGACCCGGA